AUGGAUGUCGCUACGCUCAGGGACCGUAUAAAGUCGACUUUAGACAGCAAUGGGGAUAACCGGAGACAGGCUGAGUUGGACUUGAAAUAUGCAGAGAACCAACCAGGCUUCCCCAACGCCCUUAUUGAUAUUCUCGAAGCUGAGCAGGAUCCGGCAGUUCGACUCUCGACGGUUGUAUAUCUGAAGAAUAGGAUCACUCGAGGAUGGGCGCCAGAGGAAGAACACUCGAUAUACAAGUCGAUACCAGAAGAUGAGCGGCCGUCUUUGCGCAACCGACUUAUCCCCGUUCUUGCUUCUUCGCCGCCCAACAUCCGGGUUCAGUUGAUCCCCAUCCUCUCCAAAAUUUUGCAAUUCGACUUUCCCGAAAAAUGGCCGGAUUAUAUCGAUAUUAUGCUGCAGCUGCUGAAUGGAAACGACGCCAACUCCGUUUUUGCCGGUCUGCAGUGUCUCCUGGCGAUAUGUAGGGUUUAUCGAUUCAAGGGUGGUGAGAUGAGAGGCGAUUUCGAUAAGAUUGUUGAAAUUUCGUUUCCUCAGUUGCUGAAUAUUGGAACUCGUCUCAUUGAUGAGGAGAGCGUGGAGGCCGGAGAGAUGUUAAGAACUGUUAUCAAGGCCUUCAAGAAUGCUAUAUAUUUUGAACUCCCUAUUGCCCUUACAUCUCACCAGGCCACGGUAGGUUGGUGUACCUUGUUUUUAAGAGUUAUAGGGAAGAUUCCUCCGGCGAAUUCUAUGCAAGAGGACACAGAUGAACGAGAACAAUCUCACUGGUGGAAGUGCAAAAAAUGGUCAUACGCGAAUUUGAACCGUCUGUUUAUUCGUUAUGGUAACCCUACCGCAAUUUCGAAAUCAAGUGGACCUGAGUACACUGAAUUUGCAAAGACCUUCAUUACCACCUUUGCCCCUGAGAUCUUGAAUGGAUACCUCCAGGAAAUCGACAAGUGGGUUUCCAAGGGCCAAUGGCUCAGCAGACCCUCUCUGUCUUAUACCCUCAUCUACCUCCAGGAAUGUAUCAAGCCGAAAGUCACUUGGGAGAUCCUGAAACCCCAUAUGGAUAACCUCCUGGCUCACUUCAUCUUCCCCAUCCUAUGUUUAUCGGACGAGGAUAUUGAAAUGUUUGAGGCCGAUCCAUCGGAGUAUUUGCAUCGAAAAUUAAACGUUUACGAGGAAGCCACCGUUCCAGGAGUCGCUGCUACGAACUUCCUUGUAUCUCUGACAAAGACAAGGAAGAAGCAGACAUUUUCCAUCCUCACUUUCGUAAACGGGAUUGUUAGCAAAUAUGAAGCCGCGCCCGACGGCCAGAAGCUGCCUAGAGAAAAGGAGGGCGCUCUUCGGAUGAUCGGAACCCUUUCGUCUGUUAUUCUGGGGAAAAAGAGCCCCAUUGCAGACCAAGUGGAGUACUUCUUUGUCCGCCACGUUUUCCCCGAGUUCCGCAGCCCACAUGGAUAUCUGCGAGCAAGGGCUUGUGAUGUCCUAGAGAAGUUCGAGCAGUUGGACUUCAAGGAUCCCAACAACCUGAUGACAAUCUACCGCAACAUCCUCGACUGUCUUGCUGAUCCUGAUCUGCCUGUAAGAGUGGAGGCUGCCCUUUCUCUUCAGCCAUUGAUCCGCCAUAGCAUCAUCCGCACCUCGAUGCGAACGAACAUUCCUCAGAUUAUGCAACAACUUCUGAAACUUGCAAAUGAAGUCGAUGUUGAUGCUCUCACUAAUGUUAUGGAAGAUUUCGUCGAGGUCUUCUCUGCAGAACUUACGCCCUUUGCCGUUGCCCUGUGCGAGCAGCUCAGGGACACAUACAUGCGCAUCGUCCAGGGCCUCCUUGAGAGAAAAUCAAGCAAGCCUGAGGAUGAUAUGUAUGGUGACCUGCUGGAUGACAAGAGUAUUACUGCUAUUGGUGUGCUGCAGACCAUUGGCACCUUAAUUCUCACUCUUGAGAGCACCCCUGACGUUCUUUUACACCUUGAAAGUGUCCUCAUGCCUGUGAUCACAAUCACGCUGGAGAACAAGCUCUUUGUAGACCUUUAUAACGAGAUCUUUGAGAUCAUCGACUCUUGCACAUUUACUGCCAAGUCUAUAUCUCCCAGCAUGUGGCAGGCCUUUGUACUCAUUCACAAGACCUUCAAGGCUGGUGCCGAGCUGUACCUCGAAGACAUGCUGCCUGCUCUGGACAACUUUGUGACCUAUGGCGCUGCCACCUUGGCUCAGAACCCAGAAUACCUUGCAGCCGUCGUCAGUAUGGUCGAAGACAUCUUCCGAGACGAAAAGAGUGGCGGUGUAGAUAGAAUUUGCGGCUGUAAGCUUGCAGAGGCCAUCAUGUUAAAUCUCCGGGGUCACGCAGACCAGUAUAUUCCUGUCUUCAUCAGCCUGGCCAUGCAAGUCUUGAGCAAUGACGAACCCCAGACCAAGUCAUACCUGAUUCAUCUGAUGGAAAUGGUUAUCAACGCCAUCUACUACAAUCCCGGACUCUCUCUCCAGGUUCUAGAAGGUGGCCAGUGGACGAACAAGUUUUUCAGCACCUGGUUCUCGAACAUUGACAACUUCAAGCGUGUUCAUGACAAGAAGUUGUCAAUUGUUGCUAUCUCCGCCCUUUUGACUCUUAGAGCAGAGGAUGUCCCAGCUAGCAUCCAGCCAGGAUGGCCACGUCUUCUCCAGGGAGUUACCCGCCUCUUCCAGACUCUUCCAAAUGCGAUCAAAUUGCGAGAUGAAGCUGCCAAGGAUGCUGAUAUCCCAUAUGAAGAUGACGACGGGGACAAUGAUUGGAGCGGUCGUGAUGUGGAAUGGUCCGAACAGGACGCCUCUGAAGGCCCAGAAAUUGAAGUGACUGACGAAAGUUCUGCCUAUAUUGAAUUCCUACACCAAGAGGCUCUUAAAAUCGGCCAAGUCCCUGAUGACGAUGAGGAGGACGACCUAUAUGAAGCAAGUCUGCUAGAAUCACCACUCGACAAGAUUGAACCAUACGGCCUGUUCAAGAAUGUGUUAAUGAAUCUUCAACGAGAACAACCACACUUAUACGAGAAUCUGACCAAAAUUUUGAACCCGGAGGAACAGCAAAUAAUCCAAGGUGUGAUUAACGAAGCAGCCUCAAUAGCAAUGGCAGCUGAGAAAGCCGAAAAGGCAAACGGUUCUUGA